AUGCAGGUGUCCAGCAUUGAUUUUAACAUGGGGACAGAUCCUGUUUUACAAAGAGGGGAGACAACUACCAGCAUUGGAAGGAUAAAACCGGAACUUUAUAAACAGAAGUCUGUGGAUUCAGAAGGCCAGAAAGAGGAUGUGAAAACUUGUGGGAAACUCAACUUUACCCUUAAGUAUGAUUAUGAAAAUGAGAUGCUUUUGGUUACCAUUGUCAAAGCCUUGGAACUACCAGCUAAAGACUUCACUGGUACAUCAGAUCCCUAUGUGAAAAUCUACCUUCUUCCAGACAGGAAAAAAAAGUUUCAGACACGGGUUCACAGAAAGACGUUAAACCCUGUCUUCAAUGAAACAUUUCAGUUUCCUGUAGCCUAUGAUCAACUUUGCAACAGGAAACUACAUUUCAGUGUAUAUGAUUUUGACAGAUUUUCUAGACAUGAUAUGAUUGGAGAAGUCAUUCUGGAUAACUUUUUUGAGGUCUCCGAUCUCUCUAGAGAGGCCACAGUAUGGAAAGACAUCCAUUGUGCCACUGCAGUAAGUAGCAUAUCUCAAAAUGUGAUACGUGAUAUAAAAAGAUCAUGAAUUAUUAUUCGACAGCAUUGUACUUUGUAGGACAAAGAUCAUUUCACCAAUAUACUAAGAUUCAGGUGCAUACUUUCCCCACAUCAAUAACUGCCAGAUAGAAAGAUGGUAAAUAUCCUGCACUUUACAGCUGGGAGGAGAAUGUUCAGUCCUGUCCUAUCUCAGAUAAGAACAUACCAUAUUUUUUGCUCUAUAAGACUCACUUUUUUCCUCCUAAAAAGUAAGGGGAAAUGUGUGUGCAUCUUAUGGAGUGAAUGCAGACUGUGCAGCUAUCCCAGACGCCAGAACAGCAAGAGGGAUCGCUGCUUUCACUGCGCAGCGAUCCCUCUUGCUGUUCUGGCUUCUGGGAUUCAGAAUAUUUUUUUCCUUGUUUUCCUCCUCCAAAAACUAGGUGCGUCUUAUGGUCUGGUGCGUCUUAUAGAGAGAAAAAUACAGUAAAUGUCCUGUUAGUUCAGAUAGCAUUCAGUUUUCACAACGGCCAACCACAUACCUUUGAGAAGCUCACAGGCUCCUGUCCUCUCAACAGAUGGUUUUAAAAGGCAUGCUUUUUCUGAUCCUCAGUAGUACACAAUCAUCAUAACAGGCAGCCAUUGAUAGCCCUACCCUCAUGAUUUUGUCUAAUCCCCCUUUAAAGCUGUCCAAGUUGGUGGCCAUCACUACAAAUUCCACUGCUUUAACUAAACACUGUCUAUUUUACAAGAGAGGGAUUAGUUAUACCUAUCCCCUUACUCCACACCAUGAAGAAGUAUUGUGUGAAAAAGUACUUUGUUUUGUCUGUCCUGGAUCUCCCAACUUUCAGACUCAUUGGAUGACCCCAGGUUCUAGUUUUAUGACAGGGGAGAAGUUAGGCCUAUCAAAUUUCUCCACAAUAUACAUAAUUUCAUACAACCCUAAAAUGGUUCCCUUUAUUCACCUUUUCCCCAGCUAAGCUAUAAAAAUAACUCCAACUACUGUAAGCUUUCCUCAUGGAAUAAUUGUCCAUCUCCUUGAUCAUUUGUCUGCACCUUUUGUAGAUCCCAGUACAGAUCUUUAUGGGGUCCAUUGUAUACCUCUUUCCCACUAUAAAAAACGGUCCAUCUAUUCCUAAUUUUUGUUUCAUUACCUUUGAACCAGUCACCACCAUUAAAAAAUGGCCCAUCAUCCUUUGGCUUCUCAGUUGCAUGUUGUGAAGGAGAAUGGACAAUGUCAAUGAGAAUGGACAGACAUGGAGUCUGUCAUGAAAGAAAAUGUCCUUGAGGUAGUCAAGGAGUAUGAUGCUCUUUACACAUUGGGAGCAGGAUGUGUGCAGGAUAGAGAUAAUCUCUUUCUGAUCACAUUAGAAAUGUCUGCCCCUGAAAUCAUGAUUUUUAAUCAAUCAAUUUACUCCAGGCUAUCUAAAAAGAAAGCAAUACAUUAAUGUCACACUGAUCUUCAAGGAUGAAAUAAAUGUGCCACAGGUAACAACGUAAUAUCAGGAAAAGCCAUAGAAUGGACCUUAGACAAUUAAACAGAUAUACAAAAAAUAGGGUUGUGUACAACUUGGUUUGACUCACAGCAGUCUCACUGAAAUUAAUAGACCUAAGUUAGUCAUGUCCAUUCAUUUCAAUGUAUGAAAUUUCAACAAGCCUUUUAAACAAAGAUCUGUCCCAGUCUGGAAUUGUUUAAAAUAUGUUUUUAGGUGUUUUAAUUCUUUUAGCCUUUGUAUGUUUGCUGCUCUGAGUUCUAUUAAUACAAUGACAUACCCUCCAACAUCCUGCUGAUCAAAAUCAGGAUGCUCAAAUUUUUUUGGUCCCAAGUUCUCAUGGGAUUUAGCUGACAUCCCUCUUGGCAAUCACUGACUGAUGGCCACCUCCCUCUCCCCUUCACUCUCAAAUGCUGAAGGCAGUGUGUCAUUUUGGGGGGAGAAAAUGGUGUCCCUCACCACCACCACUUUUUAAAAUGACACCACCACACACAUAUGCCCUGAAACAACGCACUGUUACUGGGGCAUUCAAGGAGGCGGAGAAUGACAAGUGCCAACCAGUAGCCACCAAGAGCUGCUCUUCAGUUAUUCUUAAAAUAAAGUCCAGCAACAUCUGGAGAGCCACAGGUUCCCAGCCACUGCUCUAAGCAUCUCUGAGAUACUACAUCAGUGUUUCACUGAACUGAAUAUGGAGGAAACGGUACACAAAAAGAAGGGGAGAGUUUUGUUAUAGAUAGCACUCCUCAAAUAUAUAGGGGUGCGACAUUGAUAUGCCUGUUCUAGAACAUACAAAUAGGUGUCAGCCCAACCUAAUGCUGUGAAUUUAAGGGUCUACUCAGAAGUAAGUCUCAUUUAAUUCAGUGGAGCUUACUCAUUUAGAGGCUAGGCUUACAACUUUAAUCCAUGCCACACUGCAACUUUAUCCAUAUCCUUUGAUACUCCUGCGCCUUAAGUAAAUACUGCAUCACAUUAAAUACUUCAGACUGCAAGGCUUUCAAAUUACAUCUGAUGGUUCUUAAAAAAUAUCAAAAUGGCCCACCGGCAUGCAAAAAAGAGUGAGAGCAUCAUACCCUAUACGGAGCCUCAAGGAUCAUCUAGUGCUUCAUUUUGAGCAAGACUUUUGUCCUCUAAAAUAGAACACUAUCGUUAGAGACCUGCUAAUACGCAUGCAGCUGAACAUUAUUGCUGUUCUUGCCUUCUGACAUUAGUACAAGUGCCUUCAGCUCUCCGAGACACACAAGGCCAAUUAUAGUGUGUGGCUUACUGUGGCUGUAUCCUGAUUUGCUGGUAAUGAACUGCUUUUUAGAAUUUUAAAUAAUAACCUUGCCGCUUCGCGGAAAAAGAAGAAGCACGGAUUGAGAGCUCCAACCUUUCAGCUGGAAAAGAGUUGCUGUGUGCAGCAAGCAAAGCUUUCUCUGUAGCUUUAGUAACAAAGGUCAGAGUAGUUAUCCAGCUAGCUCAGCCUACUCUGGAUGGCACCUGGUCUCCAGGGUCUUGGGCGGAGACCUUUUAUUAUUUUGCACCACUUCUAUAUGAUCCACUUAAUUGGAGAUGCCAGGGACCGAACCUGGCCUUUCUACAGGCAAAGCAGGCCCCCAGCACUGAUCUAAGGUUUGCAGCCUUCAAACCUGUGGGCUCUACAUUGGGGUUUUACUAAAUCAUCAACAUCCAGCCCAAACCAGGUGCAAAGUAGUGGUGUAGGGGGUGGGAUGAGACGUACACUUAGAAUUAAGGAGCAGGGUGCAUCUGUUCAUGGGGCCAGCACAGAAAUUUUAUAUUGUUUGCCAAAACUGAGCUCAGAGUCAUUUCACCCAAAUAUUCAUUUAUGGUUGCCCCCAUGAAAACCUUUCUUUCAGCAGUCUACUUUAGCACCCCCACCCGCAGGUUCUUUUUGCAGUUGCUAUCGUUAAACAACUGGAGGAAGCAGAAAGUCCUGGCCUCCCCCUGGCUAAUCUACUACAAAUCACCCAGAAAUAGUUGACCUGCCCCUGUUCUCCAGUGCCUACCCAAGUUUCUUGUUUCAUCAGGAGCAGUUUCCUCCUUUCAAUGGCAACUCCAAGAUUUUUGAGGCAUUCAGGCUUCUUGCUAUCAGUGGAGUCCAUGAACUCCUAGCUGUUCAACACAAGAUCAAGAAUCAGGGCAUGCUGAGUAGCCUCAGCCUUGAUGUUCACCACAUCUGUUGCCCCUUGCUCCACCCACCACUGGCGUGGAGGUCCCCCUGUCCAGAAGGUUGCCCAUGAAGGAAUGUGUCCCUCAAGCUGGAAAAGGUGGCCCAUCCCUGUUAUAACCUAUGUUUUUGUUUGUGCUUGUUUUUUCAGGAAAGCAUAGAUUUGGGGGAGAUCAUGUUUUCCCUUUGUUAUUUGCCAACAGCAGGGAGGAUGACCCUCACAGUCAUCAAAUGCAGAAAUCUUAAAGCUAUGGACAUCACUGGCUCAUCAGGUAAGUGCAAUGUUCCUUUUCGCUUAGCUUCACCUGUGGGUGGUGAUGACUCUCUGGGGAAGGGCUCUUACCAUCAGGAUUUCAGGGCAUUUGAUCUUGAGUUCACAGACGAGGAGAAUUAAACAAUACGUGGAUCUCUUAUGUUUCUUUCCUUCACUUUUGAAAACAAAAAGCAAAACAAUAGACAGUCUGAGUGGAAGCAACUGCUUAGCCCUCUCCUUUCCUGUCAGUUCCCAACACCCACAGCUCAAAAUUGCCUCCCCCAAGCUGCUUUUUCUUGAGCAGGGGAAAAGAUUCAAGGGAGAGAGAGGAAUUCUGUAUCUUCUCAUGCUUUGAUUGAUUGAUUGAUUGAUUGAUUGAUUGACUGAUUGAGGAAGAUUACUCUGAGCUGGAAAAGUACUUGGGGACACCCUUCUUCUGCCCAGAUGAAACCUUCCCUCUGUUUGCUUUGGGUUUAAACAAUGUGUGAGACUCUGUGUCAUUUUAGCUUCCGGAUAACAAACAAAGGAAUACCAUCAUGUGCUUUAUUUCCUCAUUCCAAGACCUUGACAUAUUCCUGAUAAAUGUCACUUAGUGCACUACAAAUGCCAUUAGCAAUGUUCUUAACUUGUGCAUUUUGCAGCUGCUUUAGGAUUUAAUUUUAUACAUACAUACUUAGAAGUAUGUUCUGUUUAGUUUGCUGAAUUAGUUUGCUAUCCACACUUCCAUUUGUUUUGUGUGUUUUUUUCUUUUUCUUUUUUUAAAAUAAUGUUUAUUACUUUUAUAGAUUACAAAAAGAGGGGGAAAAACAAGAAAGAAAAAAAACAGAAAAAAAAACAAAGGAGAGAAGCAAAAAGAAAAAAAAAUACAAUACAAUAUAUAGACAAUACAAAACAACCUAAACUCAAAACUAAACACAUUAAACUAAACUAAACAAACCCCACUCCCUAACCUUAACCAUAAAUAAAACAAAACAAAAACAAUUUAAAAACAUACAUCAUUCCUUUUCCUUACUCUAUCUUUCAUUCCCUUGUUUCCUCGACCUCCUCUCACCUCCCUUUUUGUAUUCCACUUCUAUUAAUUGUUUCAGCAAAUCCUUUCCAUCUUUCUCCAUUUUCUAUCAUAUUGUAAAUAACGUAUUUUUUAACCUUAUUUUCCAUUAAAACUAAAAUACUUAUAUAUGCUUAACUCCUUAUAACAUUUCUGCUAAGCCCAUAAAAAAUCAUUCCACCAUUUUUCUAUCACUCAUUAGUUUUACCAUAUGUCUAUAUAUAAACUUUAAAUUUUCCAAUCUUCUUUCACCCUCUCCUCUCCCUGGUUUUGGAUUCUGCCAGUCCUUUCUGUCAACUCCAUAAAGUCCAUCAACCUGGUGAUCUUAUGUCCGAGGCUCUUAACUCUUUUCCAAGUCCCUUCUGCAGGUCUUCUUCAUUUUCUUUAAUGCUAAAGAGCAAAUCUCGGGGAAACUCCAACCUGUCAAUCCUUUUCUUCCUUCUGAACAGAUCAGCUAAAUUUCCAUAGUUAAAGCUACAGUCCAUAAAGUAUUUCAGGGCAUAUUUCAAGAUUCCUCCAAGUCCAAAGGCCCCCAAAACUUCAAUCUCCUCCAGGCCCGAGUCCAUGUCCCAAAAGUCAGUUAAUCCCUGCAUAGAGGGCUCUUUCCAACUUUCCUUCUUUAAUCCAAGCCGGGAUCCAUUCCUCAGAGUCUGACUUUUCCUAGAUUCAAUCAUAAAAGGCCUCAACUUAUAGUCCUCAAUUUGCUUCUGUAAAGCCACAGAUCUCACUUGUAUUAUUUUAUGUUCAACAACAGCAGCAUUCUCCUCCUCCUCCUCCUCCUCCACCAUUUGUCCUGCCAAAAUGGGUUCCUGUACCAAGUCCUGAAUUAUUUCUGUGUUGGUGUUCGCUUUUUGACUCAAAUUGGUCACUUUCUGUUCCAAAUUAUCAACUUUGAAAGUCAUGUCAUCCAUCUUCUUGUGAAGCUGUCCCAGCGAACAGCUUAUCUUACAUAAAACAGUCACAAUGGCCUCUCCUGUCAACAUUUUUAAAUGGUCCAAGGUCACUCUCUGGUUCUCAGAAUCCUUAUCUGCAGCUGGAAAUCCCCCAGUUACACUCCUGUAACAGUUUCAAAAGCUCCCUCUAGAGGGAAACAGUCUCCACUUGUAUCAGUUCUUUCAGGCACAACUCAAGCAUUAAAGAUAAAUUUUCAGUUACUUUUCCUCUUUUUUAAACGCAGAAAAGGACAAUGGAAACAGUAUCUUACUCUUAUUUAGCUAGCUGUCAAAUCCGUUCUGUCAAAUGCACUCUCUCCAAACGUCAUCUGGCAGCCCGUUCCCAGGUUCAGAGCAGUGGUAAUUUGAUUUUUCACUCUCUCCUGCAGGCUCACUAGAUCCAAAAUUUCCCCUCUUCUCCUGCUUCCAAGGGGGGUUUUGUAUUUUAAACCGGUGGAAAUUUAAUCCUUUGCCAAAAGCUUUCAAAGGCUUUAACUUGUAACGUCUUUGCUUCAGUCUAUUUACAAAAACGGGAGGCGGACUUCCUGUUUAUAACCUUCCCGUUUCAGUGCCGAAUUAAAGUAUUUAAGAAUCCAAUUUUCCGUUUUACUCACGAGUAGUUGUUUAAAAUCCAAUUGUCCACAGGAAAAAGUCAGCGCUCUCCGGCAACAGCAAUGCGGCUUCACUCCGUGAAAAAAGCAGUCGAUUCAAAGCACCGCGCCACUCACCCCACGUCGCUCCGGAUCCCCAAAACAGGGUUUCCCUGUGAGUAGGGGAGGCGCAAAAGGUGCCAGCCAAAUCCCAGGUUCACAAGCUUCUCCCGCUUGUGGUUUCAAUGGGUCUCCACCUUCGCCGUGGCGGUCAGACCCUGUUUUUCACGGAGCAAGUUCCUCCCGAACGGAGGAGCUCUGCCAUUGCCGGAGGCACCAACCCGGAAGUCUCCAUUUGUUUUGUGUUUUCUUCUGCUUGUCUUGGUGCAGAUUAGUACAAGUUUUGUUUGGGAUUCUGAGUCCUCAUGCCAUACCUUACUCUGCAGUGGCAUAGUGUGGGUUGUCGUCACCCAGGGUGGGGCAAGUGUUGCAUCCCCCGGUGGACUGGGCAGAGGGGGGCCCACAGAGACCACAAAGGGUGAACAGAGCCUGGGAGGCACUUUCUUGCCUUCCUCUUCCUCCCUCCUCAGUGGGUGGCAGUGGUGGCACCUUCCCCCUUCCUUCCUCUCAGACAGGCUGGUUGGCGCCCAGGUGGCAGUGGUGAGGCACUGGGGUGGGGCCACACUGGCAGGCACUCAGACUGGCAGAGCUCACGGCUGUCCUCAGACAACCCACUUUUGCCCACCAGCCCUGGCCCCCCUACUGCUGUUGCCAUGGUAGCUGCCUGCUGCUGCAUCUAAGCCUUCUUCUCCUGGCGGUUGCCCUGCUGGUGCCUCCCACUGCUCCUCUGCAUCUAGCCAGUCUAUGACAGUACUAAUAAUAAUAAUAAUAAUAAUAAUAAACCCAUAAAUAACCCAUCUGGCUGGGUUUCGCCAGCUACUUUGGGUGGCUUCCAACAAAAUAUUAAAAUACAAUAGUCUGUUAAACAUGAAAAGCUUCCCUAAACAGGGCUGCCUUCAGAUGUCUUCUAAAAGUCUGGUGGUUGUUUAUCUCUUUGACAUGUGGCGGGUGCCACUACCGAGAAGGCCUUCUGCCUGGUUCCCGGUAACUUGGCUUCUCGCAGCGAGGGAACCACCAGAAGGCCCUCAGCACUGGACCUCAGUGUCUGGGCAGAACGAUGGGGGUGGAGACGCUCCUUCAGGUAUACUGCUCGGAAAUGUACUGGGAGCCAGUGUAGGUCUUUCAAGAAUUCAGUUGCACCACACAGUCUUUAUCACACCCGUUCCAGUGCAUUUUCCCAUCACUCUUUAUUGUGGGGGGGGGGAGGUCCAAUUUUUCAAGGAGGUGGCCUCACAAAAGCACCAAAUCCACUUUUAAUUAAGCCACUGGAACUUGCAGGGAUGUGACUGAAUCCCAGUCAAAAAGAGUGACAAUCUGCACCCCAAAUGACAUUGAACCUGGUUUGGCAUGUUGGGCUUUUCACCACCCUGAAUAAAUGGGUGUCAUUUCUGGAUACAAGGACAUAAGGCAAGCCUGCUGGAUCAGCCAAUGAUCCUAUUCUCACAGUGGCCAACCAGAUACCUGUGGAAAGCUUGCAAGCUGGACAUGAGCACAAGAGCACUCUGCCCACCUGAGAUUCCCAGCAACUGGUAUCCAGAGGCAUAAUGUCUUUUGACAAGGAAGGGAGAACACAGCUAUCAUGGCUAGCAGCCAUUGAAGGGAGAACAUAGCUAUCAUGCCUAGCAGCCAUUGUUGAGCACAUCAGCUACUGUACACUGGUGAUAGGAGACAGGCUUUGCAUGCAGAAGGUACCAGACUUAAUUCCUGGUGUCUCCUGCUCAGACUGGGAAGGAUCCCUGCUUGAAACCCUGGAUAGCCACUGCCAGUUGGUGUUGACAGAACUAGAUAGACCAAUGUCUUGACUUCAUAUAAGGCAGCUUCCUCUGCAUUAGUGGUGGAACCAAACCUUCCUUCCCUUCUAUGUAAGAACUGUUGGUGUCCUCCUACCCAGUUGUGUUGACCUCUGUUCCUGUUAUCUCAGAUCCAUACGUCAAAGUGUCCCUGAUGUGCGAUGGCCGGCGCCUGAAAAAGAGAAAAACAACUACAAAGAAAAACACUCUCAAUCCAGUAUACAGUGAGGCCAUCGUUUUUGACAUCCCUCCAGAGAAUGUGGACCAAGUCAGCCUCUCCAUCGCUGUUAUGGACUAUGACCGGUAUGCUGCAUUUUUCUCUUUUUUGAUUUUUUUGGGGGGGAGGGAUGUUCAAGAAGAGCAGGUGCUAUAGUAAUCUGUUGUUGUUGUUGUUGUUGUUGUUGUUGUUGUUGUAAGAAUAAUAAUGACAGGUGUUAUCUUUAUACUGACCUAAAGCAGGGACUUGCUGGGUAUACAAGGUAUAAGGCAGUCUGUCAAGUAAACUGCUCCUGAGCUGUAGACAGUUUUGCAUGUACCAAAACCUUGUAUUUUGCCCAACAGCAGAUUGGUAGCCUAGGCAAGCCCAACAAGCAAGGUGUUAUAUAGUAUGCUGGCAGUAGAUUACCCCACAAGCAACCUAGUCACCAUAUUCUGCACCAAUCCAGACCCUCCAAGUGCCCCUAGUUUCCAGGGACGUCCCUGAUUUAGAGAAGCUAUCUUGGUUUCUGAUUUGAUCCCAGAAUGUCCCACUUUUCCUUAGGAUGUCUCUAUUUUCAUUGGAGAAAUGUUGGAGGGUAUGGAGUUAUCCGACCCCCGAGCCAUCUGAAUGUUGCGAUCCUGUAAGUAGGGAUUUUUUUUAAAAAUGCUAUGCAGAAUUGCCUUCAGUGUCGAAAGUGGUAACUCCGCACCUCAGCAUUUCUCUGUGAGAAAUAGAACAUCUAAGAGAAAAGUGGGACAAUAAAGUCGGAAAUAACUAAGUUCUUUCUAAAUCAAGUGUCCCCUGAAGUAGAGACGUUGGUCGUGGUGACUAGGUACUGGUGUGGCAGCAUGCCUAGUACCCAGCUGUUGGAGCUUGCUGGGAAUUACCAAUUGCUGGAGCCAAAAUGCUGGGUUUUGAGUAAUGCUAAGGCAUGUCUGCAGCUCAGGAGGCGGAUUACUUGACAGACUGUGCUAUACUAGCCUGCCAUGCCUGUAGAGUCUAUAACAGUAUAGAUAGCACCUGUCAUUAUUAUUAUUACAACAACAACAACAACAACAACAACUAACAAACAGCAGUAAUGGGAUUGCUAUGGCAUAGUGACUGUGGUCACUCCCCAAAAAAUCAGAGAAGAAUCUGGCUAGCAGAGUAUAAUCCACAACAGCGUGGGUGCUGAGCUUGUCCUACUCAGAGAUGUUCAAGAAGAGCAGGUGCUAUAGUAAUCUGUUGUUGUUGUUGUUGUUGUUGUUGUUGUUGUUGUAAGAAUAAUAAUGACAGGUGUUAUCUUUAUACUGACCUAAAGCAGGGACUUGCUGGGUAUACAAGGUAUAAGGCAGUCUGUCAAGUAAACUGCUCCUGAGCUGUAGACAGUUUUGCAUGUACCAAAACCUUGUAUUUUGCCCAACAGCAGAUUGGUAGCCUAGGCAAGCCCAACAAGCAAGGUGUUAUAUAGUAUGCUGGCAGUAGUUUACCCCCACAAGCAACCUAGUCACCAUAUUCUGCACCAAUCCAGACCCUCCAAGUGCCCCUAGUUUCCAGGGACAUCCCUGAUUUAGAGAAGCUGUCUUGGUUUCUGAUUUGAUCCCAGAAUGUCCCACUUUUCCUUAGGAUGUCUCUAUUUUCAUUAGAGAAAUGUUGGAGGGUAUGGAGUUAUCCGACCCCCGAGCCAUCUGAAGGCAAUCCUGUAUAGGGAUUUUUUUUAAAAAAAAUGCUUAAUGUUCUGUUAUGUUUCUAUAUAUGUUAGAAGCUGCCCAGAGUGGCUGGGGCAACCCAGUAAGAUGUGUGGGGUAUAAAUAGUAAAAUUAUCAUUAUGCAAUAGGACGUCCCUAUUUUCAUUGGAGAGAUGUUGGAGUGUAUGCCAGUCUUUGGACCAACCUCAAGGAUAGCCCCACAGAGAGCGCAUGGCAGCCUUAUUGUCAGAGAACUGCCAUCGGAGCUAGAGGCAGAGGGAAGGCUCCAGAGGGAUGCCGGAGAGGGUCCCAGUAGGGAGAGAGGCAGCCCAUCUGCUGGGGAAGGAAAUCAGCGUAACACCAGUAGAGAAGGGGGGCCGAUGGAGGAAUCGGAGAGGAGGCUCCAAGACUCCUCGCCGGAGACCAGCGGAGAGAGUACGGGUACUCCGCUGCCCACACCCUCCCUGCGCAGAAGGCUUCCGUGCAGGGAGACUAGGCGGAGACUAGGCGUCAAAGAACUUUUGUGCUGGAAGAAGUUCAAGAAACGCCCACUGAUGGAUUCUGCCAGCGACUGAGACAGCCACGAAGCUAGAGGCUGUCCAGUCAGAAAGGGUUCAACCAGGUAACCUAGCCAGGAGUGGCGGCAACUUACGCACAAGCAACCCCUAAACCCAUUACACUUAUACAUAUGAUAAGUAAAAAAAUAAUGGCAAGUAGGUAGGCACUUUCACAAUAGGUUAAAAACUGAAAAAUAAACAACUAUCUGGCUUUUAGAAGACAUCUGAAGGCAGCCCUCUUUAGGGAAGUUUUAAUGUUUGAUGUUUUAUCAUGUUUUUAAUAUUCUGUUGGGAGCCACCCAGAGUGGCUGGGGAGGCCUGGCCAGAUGGGCGGGGUAUAAAUAAAUUAUUAUUAUUAUUAUUAUUAUUAUUAUUAUUAUUAUUAUUAUACCACACUGGCUCAAUAGGAAGCCAGCCCUGCUUCCCACCAAACUGCUGCUGUGCAGGCUUGCUUCAGAAUCCUGAAUAUUAAGGAGCCUUUUAUUUCUUUAUCUUUCCUUAUUAAAUGUAAAAUACCAGUAGAUCUAGCUCUUGGGGCUAAUGGUGCUUUUCACCAAAAAUAAUAAAUGUUAAAGGGGCACAUUUGAAAGUGUGCCAGACAGUAUAGCACAGAAAAUCCACUGUUGUCAAGAUACCUGCAAAACAUAAUGGAUAGACGGAGAUGUGUUCAUGCUGACACUUUGCCGAAGCAGAACAUGUGGCAGUGCAUCAUUACAGCGCAAUUGGAAUGAUUGUUUGGUUGAUUAAAAUUUAGUGCUGUGUCUGCUUUUCACCACCAUCAACACAGAGUAUAUACACGUAUACUCAGAAGUAUGCCGCAUAUAAUUCAAUGGGGCAUACUGCAAGGUAAGUGUAUACAAGGUUGCAUACGGCCUUAAUCUUCCCAAUAAGUAUGGAAGUGAGAGCUGGACCAUAAAGAAGGCUGAUCGCUGAAGAAUUGAUGCUUUUGAAUUAUGGUGCUGGAGGAGACUCUUGAGAGUCCCAUGGACUGCAAGAAGAUCAAACCUAUCCAUUCUUAAGGAAAUCAGCCCUAAGUGCUCACUGGAAGGACAGAUCGUGAAGCUGAGACUCCAAUACUUUGGCCACCUCAUGAGAAGAGAAGACUCCCUGGAAAAGACUCUGAUGUUGGGAAAGAUGGAGGGCACAAGGAGAAGUGGACGACAGAGGACGAGAUGGUUGGAUAGUGUUCUUGAAGCUACCAGCACGAGUUUGACCAAACUGCGGGAGGCAGUGGAAGACAGGAGUGCCUGGCGUGCUCUGGUCCAUGGGGUCACGAAGAGUCGGACACGACUAAACAAGUAAACAACAACAACAAAAUUUAUAUAUAUAUAAUGUUCCUGGUGCUUUGGGGUGUAAAUAUCUAGCUUUUCCUGUCGCAGAAUGUGGCUCCUCUACCUAUCAUUUGCAUUAUUUGUGGACGCGUGGCAUUGUGGAUAAUCUUUAGACGUUCUGUUCUCCACCUUUAAUCCUAGAGUGGGACACAAUGAGGUGAUUGGAGUUUGUAGGGCUGGACUUGACGCUGAAGGCCUUGGAAGAGACCACUGGAAUGAAAUGCUGGCGUACCCCCGCAAGCCAAUAACCCACUGGCAUCCCUUGGUAGAGGUAAGAGGGAUAUUCCUCAUUAUCACUAUUUUAUGUAAUAUACCUUCUUUACAAAUAGGUCUCUCUAUUUCGUGAGGCAGCAUUUUUGUCAAAUAGAAAUGUGAAGGGAGACCAAAAAAAAAAAAAAGAGGUUAAGUGCAGAACAACGUACGAAAGAAGAUACUAAAAAUCUUUUCUACCAAACAAAGUCGAGAAGCCCUGUUUUGUAUUAGGCAUUUCAUUAAAUUAUUUGAAAAACCCUGUAGAAGAGAAUGCAAGUUCAAUUUUUCAAUGGCUUUCUUUUACAUUCUAUGCCACCUGUUAACAACAUUCAUACUGGUGUAUUUCAGACAAAAACAAAACCAGAAAAUCUGGGACUGAAUUCCCUGCUGUUUCUUUUCCCUUCUUUUCUAAAAAAAAAAAAAAAAAGCUGAAUAGGAUCAGAAUUACAGGAAAGUUUUUGAAAACAUUUUAUCAAUGCAAACACCAUUUCCCCCAAAUUAAAUGCCAUUUGCUCUGUUGGGAGAGGCAUAUGGCAUUAACCCCACUGUAGAAUGGACUAAAAUGAGGACAAAAAAUAUUACUGGAUGCUUCUAAAAUAUGUGCCAGAGUGAAAUCCAACUUUAAUCCCAAAAGACAAUGUAAACAUGUAAAGAAACUAUAAAUAAAAUGGCCAAGAUACAGUAAUAUACAACCACAUCUAUCCAGGAUAAUGCCUGAACAUCAAACUGAUGUGACAAGCAAUAAAUUUAUAAUGUUUAAGACCAGACACAUUGCAACCCAGUGAGUCUUCCUCAUUAGUCGAGACAUUUUUAACACGCAAUUUGCCACACACACAAAAAUAGCCACUUGGCUAAUCUAUAUAGAUGAUGAGGUAAACUAACCACACAUAACUGCAAAAUUGCUAUGCACACCUGGGGCUCAUGAGUAUAGGAGAUGGUACUUUUGUAAAAAUGCCCAGGGCAUCCUCCAGAUCUCCAGUUUUAGAUGUCAGCUCCACCACCAGUCUUCUCUGACCCCACGAUAAUGCACCAUUUAAUAUUCAAAUCCAGUAAAUAUAUCUUCUUUUUGGACCAACAGACGCUUCUAGAAGACUCUCCAGUGCUCUCUCAUGUUGAACAAUUGGCAAUAAUUCAAUCUUGAUUAAAUCUGGUGCCACAAGAUGUGGUGGUGGCCUCUAUCUUAGAUGACUUUAGAGGGGAAUUAGAUCUCUUCAUGGGGUAAGAUGGGUCUGUCAAUGGCUGUUGAUCACAAUGGCAAGGUGGAACUAGUAGUCCUUUGAAUGAUAGUAGCUGGGGAGAAAAGUGGGGGGAGGGCUCUUGUGGACUUCUGUGAGGAAACUGGUUGGCCAUUAUAAGAAACAGGAUGCUGGACUUGAUGGACCCCUGGAUGCAACAGGACUCUUCUUAAAAUAUUUUAUUUCUUCUAGUUGCCAGGCCGAGCAACCAGUUUUGACAGUCAAGGAUCUUGCUCAUCACCAAAACCACCACUUACACCCUAG